UUGCUUUAUGUAUUUUCAGCAACAUCACCGUUAAAAGACAUCCCUCAUUACGCCACACACACUAAGGUUACACAGUCACACACUACAACGCUGUAUACGCUUACACAGUAGGCUAAACAUAGUCACUCACUACUACUGUUACUAGUCUUGGAAAUCCCAGACCUAGGGUAGCAACUACAUUGGAGCAUUGUGGGAGGCAAUCUGUCUGUCUCGACUAGAGAGACUGCUACUGUGCUCGCCAACUCACCACACAGUGGAUAGGAUUUUCCAACGGGAUUGUCCCUCAAAAAGAAACUGGAACACAAGCGGCAUGAAUCCAUAGAGAAUGAUAGAGGCCUCUAGUGGUCAAAAGGCUGUAUUAGCAUGGGCAGUGCCACUGAGGGCUUCCACCACUGUAAUGUAGUCAACUUCAUUGGCUGAUCCCUCCUGGUAACCCAUUUGGAGACAUGUCCAACCAGGUCAUCAGGAAGGAUCAACCAAUUGUGAAGGAGUAAUGUACCUCUUCAAAAUUGAGAUUGCCUCGAUUCCAACGCUGUCACUGACACUUUAAUGAAACAGAUACAAAGAUGAGUCCUCUAUCUAUCUCUAUGCAUGAAUCCAACAACAAAUGUGUCUGAACCCCAAAUCAUCGUCCCUCGGCCCUCCAUUUGCAAGUUCACGCAUGCCUCCGCCAAGUGUCUCAAAGCUGAGGGAGUGAAAAUGAUCGAAGGUGUUAGCCCCUCUGAUAGGCACUUCAACUGAGCCUGCAACGCUGCUGGCUUCAUAACGAAGUGGCACGGUCUUCUUCUUCUUCAGCUGUGUUUAACGGCAGUUGGCAUCCAAUAUUAACGUUGCAUUACCGUCAUCAACUGGACUGGAGUAUAAAUCCAUUAUGCUUUGUGAUACAAAAAUGGAUAAAGAGAUUUUUUUUUUUUUACCUUGCCAACUAACUUAUUAACCCCCUCCAUUUCAUUUGUAGGCCCAUCAGAGGUCAAAUAGCGGGUGCUUAUAUUUGUACUGUUUCACACGUACAAGUGCGUGAGACACCCUCGGAGAGUGGGGUCACGGCCAGGGAUCAGCCAAUAUUGACGGCGUGCUGGCAAAAGUCUACUACUCACCGGGAGCCUCUUAGGACCCGUGACCCAUUUCCUCUACCUUCUUCACCACCUCAGCACACAACACCUUCUGUACAACUCUGACCCUGGCAACCUCCUCCUGCUUCUCUCACACCGGACACUUCUGAUCCCCAGCAACAUGGGCACCCCCACAGUUAACACAUACCACUUGUUUCACUGAUACUACACAUUUCCUUGUCCCGUGCCCUCCUGCACACUUCUCACAUAUUGGAUUCUCCCUCCUACACACUGCUGCAACAUGACUAUAACUUGGCAGGGUUACUCUCAUCAUCAUCCUCAAGCUAUUUACAGGUCCACGAGAUGAAGGAUCGCGCUGAUCAGCAGGCUCACUAGAAGUCUUCUUCCUUCAACUCUAGUUUAUCAACAGCAGUCCAUCCAGUACUCCCCUCACUCUUCCUCCCUCCAUUGCUGGCAUCAUCUUCAUCAUACUCGUCCAGACUUCACAACGCUAUCACUCGGAUGCCUUGUUUUUUAAAUAUGUUUUUUAACUUUCCAUUGCCGUUUUCGAGAACAUGCUCUCCACUCCAUGCAGUCUUAGCCCGAGACCGCUCCACUGGGCACCCGAUGAGCAAUUUCACACAAAAGAAUGGAGAGGGUGCCUUCAAGCAAGAGUGUUCCUUAGUUUAGGUGGAUUGGGAUUGGGAUUCGAACAGUGCCUCUGUUCUAGGGUGCGUCGCCCCGCUUAACGGGCCAAUUAGCUUUGGCGCUUAAUUCUUUAUUAGCGUCACCUGUCUUCUCGUCAUCUUUAUAAUCUACAGUUUCCGAAGAUGCAUUUCUCUCGUUUUCUAUCUGUCCAGGACCAGUCUGACGUGCAGCGUCUUCGGUAUAGUUUUCCAAAUUUGUAAAAAUGCACAAACAGGAAAAACCACUGUCGAUGUUAUGGGGUUGUGAACUCAGUGAGUCAAAGAUGGCGGAAACGUUCAAAACGGAUGACACAAACUACCAACAUCAACUCGCUCUGAGAACCAUGUGUCUGGGCGCAGGCGCCAAAGGAGAGUUCAACAUUGUGGAGUUGAUUACUGGAGAACCGGAUAACGGUAAAGGUGUAACUGUGGCGACCCUGCAUGCCAGCUGCAUGCCCAUGGUCAAUCUCUCUGGGCUUGAACUCCACCCUCCUGUCACCUUCAGGCUGAAGAGUGGUGCUGGCCCUGUGUACAUCUGUGGGGAACACAUUGCCCUGGAGGAUGACUUCUCAGGCAUCGAGAGUGGUGAUGAGGAGAUGGAGGAUGAGGAGGAAGACAUUGAGGAGUCUCCUGUGAAGCUGACGAAAGCACUAGCCAAGAGUGGAAACGCUGCAGGGACGAAAAAGAAGCCAGAGGCGGCAGAUGAACCUGUGUCAGAUGAUGAGAACCCUCCCCAAAAGGGAAAGGGGAGAGGAAAAGGCAGGGGAAAGUAAUCCCAGGUGCUGCUGCUGCUCAUCCAAAUGUCCUGUCAAUCAAUUUAGGUGUCGCUCUACCUGUUCAGUACGUGUAUUAAACUAAGUUUGUUUGUCCUGUGCUUUGUAAGUAAAUCGUUUGGAAGAAA